UUAAGAACGUGAGAGAAAUUGUCCAUAUUACAAAUGCAACCUGGAGUUGAAUCUAAUCAAUUACAUAAUUAUUUAAGUACAAAUAAUAUUCAAGUUUUUGCUAUACAUGAAGAACUAAUUGAGAGAGUUUCUCAGGAGAUAUCAACAACAUGGAAAUUAAUUCCAAUUUUUUUACACUUUUUGUCUGCUGUAUCUGGCUAUGCAACUUCAAUAUUGUUCUAUAUAUUUUGGAAUGAUAUUUUUGGAGGGCAAUGUCCAAUAUGGGCUAAACUUCAAAUUCCAGAGCGACAUCAAAUCCCGAAAACAGAUAAAAUAGCUGAAUUCGAUAACGAUAGGGACAUAAUACACGACAAUGAUUGGCGUAAAAAUGUUAUAAUAACAUUUUUAUAUGAAUGGCACUGCAAUUAUUAUCACUUUAUUUGUCUUUGUUCAUGUUCAUUUGGUGUUAUCUGGUGCAUGCUAUUUGCUAGAUGUGCUACUGGAAUAUACGCUGCACAAUGGUUGAUCGUUCCACCAGCUUUAAUUUUUGAAACAGUUUUUACCGCAAUCGUAUAUAGUGCUGCAUAUGAUUUCGAGCAUGGAUAUUUGAGCUUCACCAAUAAUUUGAAACAUGUUGCUUACUCGUCUAUGAACGCCACUCAACUAAGUGAAUUUUCUCAUGAUUGUGAUCUUGUGGUUUUUUAUCUAAAAAUAAUCCAUUUUUCCUGGCACAAUUUAUGUCAAGUACACUACAUAUUGAAGAUUUUAUCGUGGACGAUGGCCUGGAGCUGGAUAGGUGGUUUGGCAUAUUUACUUGUGCGAAUAAUCGUAGUUAAUGAUUUCCGUCUUCUCCGGACAAUUGUGUAUAAAAUCUCAAAUAAGAAAAUUACUGAAACAGAAGCAGAUAGAAACUAUAUUAUUGAUACUAAAUUGAAGGCUCAAAUGUUACCACCUAAACCACGAAUUAAACAACCAACAUUAUACUUAAUGGCCCAAACAUAAAAGUUGAAAAACAUUCAUGAUGCAUAAUGUGUGUUUAGUUAUUUUUUUAAAUUAAUUAUUGUGUAAUAAUUUGCUUUGAGAUGUCCAGGUGAGCAAAGUUUUUAAUUCUUGCAAUUCGUUCAAAUUUUUUUGUUUUAAAUAAUAUAAUUUUUUUAUUUUAAUUAAUUCCAUUCGUUGCUUAUUUUCUAUGUUAUGAAGGUUUAUUAAUUGAGCUUCAGCCAUCUGGAUUUUAUUCAUAACAACAUCUGAAGCUUGUUGAACAUGAAUUAAAACCUGUGUACACAGAAAAACAGUUUUUUUUUAAAUUUUUGUUUUCAUUUAAUUACCCAUAAUAAAUAA